AACAACACAGUGAAGGUAUUUUGAAGUAAAAAACCAAAAAAAAAAGAACCGCGACAGGACACGCGAACGAUGGAUUACAUUGGCGAUUUGCUUAAUCAAAUGUCGUCUGCCUUCAAUCAGGAGACGGCCAUUCCGAAGAAGGAGGAAAUCUCGAUGGAUGAAACGCUCAAGUGGCGUGCGCUCAAGAACAAUCAGUUUGCAUCCCGCACCCGUUUUCCCCAUCAAAUAGCGAGCAGCGCCGGAAGUGGCAGCACGCGUAGUGUACUGGCCAAUGGGCGCAAAAGUGCAGGUGGUGGUACUACGAGCGGUAACAGCAGCAGCAGCAGCACCUCCAGCAGGCAGCGGCGCCAAACGACUGGAGGUAACUGUAUCGAUAGCAGCAGAUCUCCGGCUACACUGCUCGGUGACAACGGAAAUCUGACACCGGACCCGGUGGUGGAUGAGGAACAGGAGGCGGGGGAGGAGGGGGAAGACAUUGAAAUAGAAAUAGCAAAGGAUAUAAGUGGCGAGGAGUUGCAGGAAGCGCUCGGACUCAGCCAGCUGGUAGAGGUUGAGUCGGAAGAGUUUGGAGCCACGCUUGAGAUUGAAGAUCACCUGGAAACGGUCGGGAGCAGUGACGAUCUACUGCAGCAGGAGGAAAAGAAAAGUAGUCCGACCAUGGAGGAGGAGCAAAACAUUGAUAAGGGGAUGGAGAUUGUGGCGGAAGAUUGUAAAUCGGAAGAGGCGAUCGACACGAAAGUGUCGUUAGAAGUGCCAUAUUGUAGUAGCGCUAGUGUAAGUCCUACGGUGCUGCUUGAACAGAAGGACAUAGUCAAUGAACAACUAGUUCUGCUACCAACCAAACGUGACACAGAUGAUACAGAUGAGAAUGUUCUGAUGGAAACCGACGAUACGCAGGAGACGAACACACACAACAGCUUGGAGCAUGGAGAAGUAGCUGUAGACAGUGGUUCCGGGUGUGAUUUAGUAGAAUCUAAAUCGGCUUCACAGUUUGAGGAACAAAAGAACGCGAUCGAUCAUGCCAGCAAAGCCAUUGAGGAGAUCGAUAUUGCAGUGAAAGUUGGAGAAAAGGAUUUCGAAGAUCAUGAGCGAAAUAAGACUGCUGCAGUUGAUCUUGACGAUGCACCAGUGCUGGGCGAUAUGGAUGCUGACGACGAUUAUGAUGAUGAAGACGAUGUGCUUAUUAUUAACACAGAUGAGGUGAAUGAGGUGGUAGAGCUGGCAGAAACAUCGAAAGAAGAAGAUGAUGAUGAAGAAGAGCCAUUGACGAAUGACGAUCGUUCGGCAAUGGUGGUGCUGCAACCAAAAGAAUCGGAUGUUCAAUCGAUCGAGGAGGAAGUCACAGAAAAGCAAGAAACAGGAGCGCUGGAACCGACAGAUGCUCUAAAUGCAUUGCAAAAUGUAGCUGAUAACGUAGAAGAAAAAUGUGAUGUGAAAGAAAAAGCUGAACUAGAUUCUAAUGAAUGUGAUGAGCUCAAGUUUUCCGACUCUUUGAAGGCAACGUUGAGCGAUACACAAACGAAGAAACAUGACCCUCUAUCUCCAGUAUGCGAAAAGGUAGAAGAUAAAAAUGAAUCUUCUAUGGUGGAGGAACACAAAAGCAUCGCAAAUGAAAUGGACGAACGAUCGGUAAAGGAGGCGACAAACACUUCGAUAGAAGUUGGCACCGAAAAGUCCGAGCAACCAUCAGCAGCAACUGCAGCCGUUCGAACAACGCGAAGCAAGAAGGUGACGGCUGCUGCGGUCGUUUCCGCGCUAAAUACCUCACCACCUGCGGGAAUUGCUGCGAUUACGCAAUCCCAGAGACGAUCCCAACGCUUCCAGAAGGAUUCAACGUCUUCUGUUGACGGUAAAAUUAACGGAGAAAAUGCCACCGAGCCUGUACUGAUCGUCAAAGAGGAAGAACCAGAUGAUAUAGUGGUGCCGAAGAAACGAUCUUCUGUUGGAGCAGCAAAUGCUGGAGAAGGGAAGCUGAAAGCGAGCUUAAAGUCAGAUCGGAGUUUGCGCAGCAAACAGCAUGGAAGCAGUGCUGCAGCUCAACCCAGCAGCAGCAGCGUGAUGACUCGUCGAGCAUCGGAGACGGUAAAAGUUUCUCCCGACGAAGUAACCACCGAUACACCGGACGGACAGGAUGCAGACAAAUCGAUGGCCGGUCGUCGGGGAAGGAAACGAUUGAGCCAAGAUCGAUCGGCAGCUUCAUCGGUCGUUUUGAACGAUCCAGUCACCCGGACGAGAGAAAAAUCAACGAAGAGUGAUGAGGUAACGAAGGUGGAAGCAAAUGUAUCUGAACAGAGACGUGUAAGCCGCUCGGGGUUUCCUCCGGAACCGGACGAAAGCGACAGUGGUGGCACCAAAGAACCCGACGUGCCACCGCCAGAAAAAGAGACACUGCAACAGCCACAGGAACAGCAGCAAAUGCCACAGCGUCGUGGACGAAAGAGGAAAAAUUUAAACGUCUCCGACAAAGAUAGCGCAACACCCGCAGCUACAACGUCCGCUACGUCCGCUUCCGUUACAGCAAAUGCGGAUAAACCGCUUCUCCAUCCGUACAAACGGGCAGCCAGACAGUCGAGAGAUGGAAGUGACGGUAUUCUUGCGUCUGCUUUGGCCCGUCGUGAUAAGGUAAAUUCUCAGGGCCGCCUUUCACGCCAGAUCAAGCUGUCCGCUAAAAUACUGGCAAAUGAAGAGUUACGGCAAGGGUACGAGCAGCAAAAUAAUGGACGUAUCGCCAUUGCCUCGGAACAGCCUGUAGUUGUCAGUCUGAAUGAGGACGGUCUUUCAACGUCUCAUCGCGAUCGACCGGUGGAACAACAAGGAGUAGAAAAGCAGCGUAAGCAUGGGCGAGAUGCAAACGAUUUUUCGAUCGCCAGUUGCAGCACAAUCGGUAGCAGUUCCGAAGAUGUAACGUUGGUGUCCGUUAGCUUGCCAGCACCGAAACCAGGUGCGUCCGGGACUAGACGAAACUUGGCUGCUCAAGGACCAGAAAGUGCCAAUUCCUCCUUAGCCCAGCAGCAACAACAGCAGAACAAGAAGCUAGCAGCAGGAUCGUCUUCCUUUGAGCGAACGACUGUGCUCAAACGCACGCUUAAACAAAAUGCCGCCAACGCUUCGUCUUGUCCCAGCGUGGAGACAUUCCUGCAGGAAGUACGUUCGCUUCGUCUCGGCACUAAUCAAUCGCCGGAAGAAAAUCGUAAGCUCAAUCGUCGCCAACAGAAACGCUUGGUGAAGAUGAAGGAAAAGUUUAUGAACACACUAAGCCUGCGUCGUCGCAGUGCGCAACAAUCUCGCAACGGCACUGAAGGCGAUGAGUUCGACGUGGAAGCUUCCGGCGUUGAGUCGGAGUCGAGUGGAAGCGAAGCAGAUUUUGUACCAUCGCAGAAAAUCGGUACAGUCGGUCGACCCAGUGUUACACUACGACUCCGCAAGCCGGAAACAUUGUUGGAGAAUCAUCCGCGCAAACAGUCAGGUCCUGCAAACCGUAUACCCUUGGUGACGCUACCGAAGGGUGCACCGGGUAUGGCCAAACUGGCUGUGAACACUGGCCGUUCGACAGGCGCUGGAACGGUGCGUCCAACGGGUGGUAAGCAAACGAACGGAAAGGUAGGAACGACUAACAAUGGCUCCGGAAAGGCACGGCAACAGAAUGCAAUCAUUUUGCCUGCCGCAAUGACCACUUUGGGUGCACGAUCUUCAGUUCCCACGACAAAAGCAAAUCCCACGACCACAUAUUCUGGCGCUAGCGCGACCGUUAGCGCUACUAUGCUCAAGGAUAAAGAAACGGAACAGUUGCAACGUUCGCUGCAACGACUUGGGUGUGAGGUGACGUUGAUACCUACGACGGGUCGAAUUACUGAAGGACGUCCUGCUGGGUCCACCACGACAACGGUUGGUUCAUCCCGGCCAGUGGUAAAUUCUUGGCCACUACGACGAGUAAAAGAUGGGGCAGCAGCACCACCACAACGACCCCGCUCACAACAAAGUUCAAUCACACCACAGUCGACACUGCUUGGCACGAUCUCACCCAGUUUGCAGAUCGUGCUGGACGGGGCAGGUUCACCGAUGCAUGGUGGCUGUUCUUCCAGGUUGGUUUCGUCCAAAGCAGCAGCCCCGUCAUCGCCCUCAUCAUCCGGAAACCUUGUCUGCCAUUGCCGCCAAAAAUCGGACAUUUUUGUGGCAAAAACGGUCGGUAAUGGGUACUGUACGGCGAUCGAUGAUAUCGAUGGGCAGCACAUUGGGUGCUGCAACGAGCUGUCCAACGAUAUGCCAAACAUGUUGCGGCCGAGCCCGAGAGUUAGCUUUCAGCUGCUGUGCAACAUGCACCGGAAACGACUGGAGGAUCAUGGCUGCUGUGCCAUCUGUGGCAGGUUUUGUACGCAGGGGAACUUUGCAAUGUGCAAAAGUGCACACAUAUUCCAUCCGCAUUGUGCGGACAAGUACAUGCUCAACACACCGUACAAUCCUGCCCGCCCCGAAGACUAUGCCGCUCCAACGUUGGUGCUUAAGUGUCCUCACUGCAAUCAGGAAUGUCCGAACCGAGAGAUCGAGGUAAACAUCCAGCUCACAUCACCUCCGGUGCUACUGCCUUCGCGGAAAAGUAUAGUGAAACCAGCAAAAAUGACAGUAUCGAAAACUGGUGUCAAUAAAGCGAAUGGUGCCAGCGGAUCGUCAAACGUUAGCGAGAGUUUCCGUACGACCGUCAAAUCGCUUGUACCGAGAAGUUUGAAAAAUAUGCUCACGGUGGAUCACAGCACGACGAAUGGUAGUGGUGGUGGCAAUACUGCUCACGGAACGGCCUCAAGCAAUGCUAGUAGAGUAAGUGCCACUAGAGAGAGUGUUGCAGGACCGUCCGGGAUGAAGAAUCGUUUUACUGUGAAAGAUUUCUCAUAUGCUGUUUGCACGAAGAAAGAUGAUGCACGUGUCUCGGAGAUCAUCACUUCCGGAUUCGAUAUUGAGACACGGUUUCGAGAGUAUCAACAUGGUACCUGUCUGCAUGUGGUGUGUCACCAUGGUACGCUUGCAAUGGCCUACCUUAUCAUGUGCCGUGCUCGUUCCGUCGAUUAUCUGAACAUUGUCGAUCGGGAGCUGCGUACGGCAGUGAUGUGUGCCGUGGCUGGCUCGAAAUGCGAUAUCGUAAAGCUGCUGUUAGACAGUGGUGCGGACGCAACGCUCAAAGGUCCGUACGGUAUGACCGUGCUGCAUGUCGCUGCAAAACUUGGCCAACAUGAGGCCGUUCGUACUAUACUGGAGUGUGCACGACAGCGGUUGACCGCACGCGAUCUGAUGGCUUUCGUGAAUGCGGUCGAUAAUGGACGGUGGACGGCAUUGGCCUGGGCGGCUGAGAAUCGCCACAAGCAAACGGUCGAGCAGCUGAUCACGAUCGGUGCGGAUGUGAAUGUGUGCGAUCGAUUGAACAACACAUCCCUACACUGGGCGUCCCUGUCUGGAUGUUCCGAUACGCUGUACCUACUGAUGACCAAGGACUGUAAUCCGAAUCUGCAGAAUACCAAUGGGGAAACUCCACUACACAUUGCUUGCCGUCAGGGUCAUGCAGAAAUUUGUGUGGUGUUGCUAGCCAUGGGUGCUUCCUUGAAUAUCCGCAAUACUUCCAACGAGCUGCCACAGGACAUAAUCGAGGACCCGAACAGUGAAUGUGCGAACAUUAUAGCAGCGAAUGUCAAAAUGCGCAGCCUAUCCAACAAUCUCAAAGAAACGCACAUACUAUGCAGUGAUAUAUCCAAUGGUAGAGAACGUCACCCGAUACAGGUCGUGUACUUUGCUAGGAUUUCGAACGAUCGACAGCUUUCUGUGCCGAAGUUUAAGUACAUCCAAAGCAACGUGCAGAUAGAUUCUCCCAUCACAAUUGAUCCUGAUGCACGUCAGAUGCCCGUAUGCUCCUGUGUGGAUAGCUGCACAUCGGCUGAAUCGGAGUGCCUCUGUUCGGAACGUACCUGGUAUACCAACGAUGGACGGUUGGUGGCCGAUUUUAACUACCUUGAUCCACCGACAGUCAUCGAGUGUGGCGAUUUGUGCGACUGCAAUCGGAUGCUGUGUCGAAAUCGGGUCGUGCAGCACGGUCUCGAUAUACCGCUGCAGCUGUCGUACGUUCCAGGGAAAGCUUGGGGCGUACGUACGAUGUUACCCAUUCCGAAGGGUAGCUUUUUGGUGGAGUAUGUCGGGGAGAUAAUUUCGGAUGAAGUUGCCAAUCAUCGGUUGGACGAUAGUUACCUGUUCGAUCUUGGCAAUGGUUUUUGUGUCGAUGCCAGCGCGUACGGGAAUGUGAGCCGUUUCUUUAAUCAUUCUUGUCAACCGAAUGUUUCGCCCGUGUCCGUGUACUACGAUCAUAAGGAUCAGCGGCACCCAAGGGUAGCACUGUUUGCCUGUCGCGAUAUUGACGCUCAGGAAGAAAUAUGCUUCGACUAUGGUGAAAAGUUUUGGAUGGUUAAGCGAGGCUCGCUUGUGUGCCGGUGCAAUACGUCCAAAUGUCGCUAUCGGCAGGUGGAGUAA